GGCUGCUUGCGCUGAGAUGAGGCUUUUAUACAAGCUCUGUACACUGGCAGACAGAAUCAGCUGGUCGGGUGUCAGGGAGUCCUGGUGCCUCCUCCCACCCCCGUGGACCCAUCCACCUGCUGCUCCACGGCGCAAAGCUCCCCGGUCCCCUGGGAUGGCUGAAGUGUGUGAGAGAAGCAGAGGAGGCCAAAGCGCAUGUCUUGCCCUGCUCUCAGGUCCGCAGCAUCCUGCGUCCGCAGCAGCAUCUUCCCAGGCCCUCCCCCUCCCCCCGUGUGCGGAUGGUACGCUCCGGUAAGCCUGGCCGGGUUGCAGUGGAUGUUGCUAGAAUCCACGCGGAGGAAAGAAGAGACGCAGGCAGGCUGCGGUGACCCAAGCGGCCAUCCCCGCUUCAGAGACCCCUUCCUCGAGAGACGACAUCAUGACCCAGGGAAAGCUCUCUGUGGCUAACAAGGCCCCCGGGACCGAGGGGCAGCAGCAGCAGGCAAAUGGAGAGAAGAAGGAUGCUCCAGCAGUGCCCUCGGCACCACCCUCCUAUGAGGAGGCCACCUCUGGAGAGGGGCUGAAGGCAGGGACCUUCCCCCAGGGCCCAACAGCUGUGCCACUCCAUCCAAGCUGGGCCUACGUGGACCCCAGCGGCAGCUCCGGCUAUGAAGGUGGUUUCCCUGCAGGACAUCAUGAGCAUUUCACCACCUUCAGCUGGGAUGACCAGAAAGUUCGCCGGCUCUUCAUUAGAAAGGUCUAUACCAUCCUGUUGGUCCAGCUGCUGGUGACCUUGGCUGUGGUGGCUCUCUUUACCUUCUGUGAUGUCGUUAAGGACUAUGUCCAGGCUAACCCCGGCUGGUACUGGGCGUCCUAUGCCGUGUUCUUUGCAACUUACCUGACUCUGGCUUGCUGUUCUGGACCCAGGAGACACUUCCCUUGGAACCUGAUUCUGCUGACCAUCUUUACCCUGUCCAUGGCCUACCUCACUGGGAUGCUGUCCAGUUACUACAACACCACGUCUGUGCUGCUGUGCCUGGUCAUCACGGCUCUCGUCUGCCUCUCAGUCACCAUCUUCAGUUUCCAGACCAAGUUUGACUUCACCUCCUGUCAGGGUGUGCUGUUUGUGCUGCUCAUGACCCUCUUCUUCAGUGGACUCCUCCUCGCUGUCCUCCUGCCCUUCCAAUACGUCCCCUGGCUCCACGCAGUCUAUGCUGUACUGGGAGCGGGUGUGUUCACGUUGUUCCUGGCCUUUGAUACCCAGUUGCUGAUGGGUAACCGUCGACACUCGCUGAGCCCCGAGGAGUAUAUUUUUGGAGCCCUCAACAUCUACUUAGACAUUAUCUAUAUCUUCACUUUCUUCCUGCAGCUUUUUGGCACCAACCGGGAAUGAGGAGCCAUCCCCACCCCCACCCCUCCUCCAGAGAAUGUCCCUUCCCUGUCCUGUGACCCUCUCCGUGCUCCUGUGAGACCAGACAAACUCGCUGCAGCCAGCUUGUGAGCAGCCGCUUGCUCUCUCCUGCAGCCAGCCCUCACGGUGUCCUUCUGCAGCUUGUACAUACGCCAUGCUUGGGGCCCUGCAGAUCUGAGGCCAUACCAUCCCCUGCAGUGCCCCUGGCACCCGACUGCAUCUUCCAAAUGGCACAGUCAAGGCUGAGGGCACCUCUGGGUUUGCAGACCCAAGGAAUGAGCGGGAAGAGCCCGGCAGGAUCUCAGAGGUGGGGAGGAGACCCCAGGAAACCUGGCUGUGACUGUGACCCCCACCAAGUCUUCUAGGGCUCCAUUUUCUCUUUCAGGUCAAACAACCACGCUUUGUAAGAAAAAAAAUAGCCGAGGGGGCAUGGCUGGAGCAUGAGGUCAGGGCUCUGUGGCGUGGGGUGAAGCUGUUCCCAGCUGUCACUCGCUCAGCUGAAGGCCAGUUGCUUGUUCUAGGGACCUGGGAAUAUAACGAGAGUAGGAAGCCACUGGUUUCAUUACUUGCCUCAGUUUCCCCUCCUGGGUCAUCCAGGUCAUAGAACAGGGGGGUGGGGGCGAGAUGUGCUAAGCACAGCCUGAGCUCCCAGGGGAAGCUGGGAGGGCUGAACUGGGGGCUGUCAAUCAAAUUGCAUCCACUGGAAAGGCACAUAUGACCACAGGGCUAGAACCCCAUCUCUCUCUCUCUCUCUCUUCCACUCAGGGGAGGUGGGGUAGAGGGUCUGGUGUAGAAGUGGUUCUGUCUCCUGGACUAGCCCUUACCCAGGGGCUGUCCUUCAGGCGCUUCUACAUGUAUUUCCUAGGUCUUCCCCUAUAGUCUGCUGCACUCUCUCUUACCUGCAGCCUGAAGAGUUGAGGCAUCCAUUCCCCUCCCCCCAGCUUCCCUGGCCACUCAGCCCAGAGUCCCUGGGCCCUUGCCCCCUUAUCUCCACAUCUCUGUAAUUUGGAAGCUGUCCAGCUAAUGGUCACAGCCAGGGCCAGUCCCUUGAGCCUAUCCCUUGCGAUGAGGCCAGAGCUCCUUAUCAACCUCCAGGCUGCUGGGAUCUCAGGCAGAGUGUGCGUCAGCCACCCUGCCCUGGCUGACUGCCUGUUGGAGAGGGGACCAGGGGCCCACACCUGGGGCAGCAUGUGGGCGACACAUGCGCCCGACCAGCUCUAGUCCAGUGGAAAGUUACUGGGUGAAGGCUACAAGGCCCUGAGUGGAUGCAGGGGACCCUGUCUGCCCCGGGAAAGGGAACUAGGUAGCCCAUCCAUUCCCACCCUGCCUACUCGAGAAAUAUUACAGAAGCAUUUUGAAA